AUGUUGCCCAAAACUACAACUACAUUAACAUAUUUUCCUUUCUUUCAUUUUGAUGUAGAGUCUUCUGCUUAUAGUAACUGUACGGAAAGUCAACUAGCAUUGUGUGAGAGUCAGUUUAAUGAAAACAGCCUACCAGUUUGUGUUGAGGUGAUUGAAUUGAAAACUUGCCUCGCUGCCUGUGAAAAUAUCAAGGAACGGUCAAGCUGGAAUGUAUAUACCAAAUAUGAAGCACUUGUGAGAAAAAUGAAUUCAUACCCUGAUUGUAUUCCAGAAAGCAAAGGUAGAUAUGUCAUUUUUUUUGUUUGUUAUGGAGUUUUCAAACAUAACAUUGGCUUGUCAUUUGUUUACUGUAACAUGGAUUAGUAAUGGUAGAGAAGAGUAUGUGAACUUGUCAGAGUCUAGAUUAGAUAUGGUAUCAUAGAAAGAGGUUUGGGCCCUGCAGUUAUGCCUUACUUAAGUUGGUUGUACAUGAUCUUAUUGGUUAGUAUACAUUGUAGCCCUGGCCCUGGUUUUUCAAACACUGUAUAGCACUAUCCACAGGAUAAUAAAUUGCUAUCCAGCGGAUAAAUAUUAGGGAAACCAACUGGGGCCUGAAGUAAUCGUAUUCAAAGUCCCAGAGAUAACUUCACUACAGGUUUUGAAAACACAGAUUACAGUUGCUAACAAAAUUUUUCAGGGCUACAGUCUUGUUUAAAACUACCAGUAAGUUGAUGGUUUUUUUCAUCUCAAUUCUCAAUACUGGAUUACUGUAUCGCAAGAGUUAUGAGAAUCAUUCAACAACAAUUAAACCCAUUGACAGUAGAUGGGUGUGGGGAAGGUGCCUGGUGAAACCGAAAGGGCGCUGCAAGCAAGCCUGCAAGGUAACCAUGACAACUCUGUGAGUGGUACCCACCAGGCACCAUCACACUGAGAACCUCAGUGGAGGAAUGCGCAGAUACUUAUUAAGGCAAACAUCCAAAGGGGAGGGGAGGCUGUAUGUAUGACACAUUUUACAAACAGUUUGAUCGAAAUGAGCAGUUUUCUCCUUUUGAAUUUCAUUUGGUUGGAUUUAAGAUCGGUGCUUGAGUCAAUUCAGUCGGUCUAAAUAAUUUGGGUCAUCCUUAAUUUGAAUUAGGUUUGGCUAAUGCGAUGUUUGGCAUUUGAAUUGGCCUCAAAGCGUUGAUAGGGUCCUGUUGUAAUGCCAGAAGUUGUCAAUAUUGUGCUUACGUUGCUGUUCUAUUCUUUUCUCUCAACAGUUAGCAAAAAGAAAUGUAAUGAGGAAUUUGUUAAUAAUUGCUAUCAGCAGUAUAAUCAUAAUGCUACGCCGAUAUGUCCUGAAGUGAAAAAGCUACGAAUGUGCAUCAGUGAACUGACAGGUUGCCAUGCCAUGAAGCACCCAAAAUUUGUACAGUCAAGGGAUAUACUUGAAAAGCAUCGUGAUUGUUUCUUUGUAAAUUACUCAAGGAUUCUGGAAGUCCUCAAAAACAAAGGUCAGUGCACUGUGGUCUCAGCAACUCUCUUUGCUUCUGACAGGAAAAAAUCCUGCAAAGGUUUUAGUUUAUGACCCUUUAAGAGGGUUCUCAACAGACGUUUCACCUAUUUUGGGGGUGUUCUAGUUAUUUUGUGUGUACUUUGUUUGUACUUCCAUAUCUUACCAAAUACAUGCCAUGGGAAUGAAACAAAACAGCUAAAAUGCCAUAUCUUUUAGUACCCUCCCUAAAUGGUAGAAAUGAUGGUCUUAACACAUUCACACAUUAGCCACCUGUAACCAUCUGCGUGUCAGAACUAUGUCCCUCGUACACAGAAUCUGCCCAAACUGGACUUUUUUUUAGCAGACCAGUCAGUGUUGCUCAGUAAUUCAUGGGAUAACCAAAGUAGCAGUCAGAAAGUGCCUACAUGUGGUGUUUAUUAUUUUGUUAUUUUUGUUGACUUGAUGGCAGAUGCUCCACUGGAAGCAGCAAAUGUGUUGGCUGUUGGCCUAUUUUGGCUGGCUGUAAUUUUAUUAGUUACUGGAGAACUUUUUGUUGGUAUACUUAUUCUUAUUUUUAUCUUAAAUUAGAUGACAAAGAGCAGUCAGACAAACCUCCCCAACAAUCCAGUACUAAAAAAACAGGUAAGGAAAAAUGUUUUAUAGAUAAUUGAAACCACAAAAAAGGUUUAAAGGUUAGAUAACAAGUUUCUUACUUUUUGCUGACUUUGUUUUGCUAGUGUUGGUAUAUAUUUUUAGAGCCACUUAAGCUAUAUUUCUUCCAGUUUCUGUGGCACUAAAUGCUGAUUCGUUACUGCACCUAACAUAUCAGACAUAAAUGCACUGGUAACCAUUGUCAUAACUUCAGCUUGACUUGUAAAAUGUACUGUUUAAAAGUCUAGCAGGUGUGUAUUAGUUUUUUUAAACCUGAUAAUACACGACUGCGAGUUUUUUGAAUGGCUUCAAGAUCUCUGUAUACAUAUUUUAAUUGUAUAUAUAUACAUUUUUUAAUGUCUUAUUUUGAAAUAAUUUUUUUUUGUUUUGUCCCCAAAUAGUUAUGAAAACUAAAAAUACACUGACACAUUAAUACAGCUUUCACUUUCACCUACUUACUUACUUUAAUACUGUAGUGAUAUAGAUCAACUUGUUCUUGCACUGAUAUUUAGAUAUGGGGUUAUUUUGGUCUAAAAAAUUGGAUGUAAAGUUUAGCCGUGUCUUUAUCAGAUAUAAAGACACUCAUAAAACAUCAAAUUUCUUUUGUUUUUCUUUAUGAAUUAUUAAUGAGUUUUUAAAGUUAUAAUAAUGAGGAUGCCUAUUAAAUGUCAUGAGCCUCAUAGUUUACUUUAUAGUCUUCCUUGCCACUGUUACCAUCUUUCCUUUUUGUCUGUUUUUAUAAAUAUUUUUUAUCAUUAGCUUGUAUAUGUUAUGUUAGUAUAUACACACUUAGUGAUCUUGAUGAUUUAAGCUAUCUGAUUGGUUUGCUAUCUCAGACUGUUCAACAGUAUUCACGUCCUGCAUGUUUCUUUCAAAAUAAAGUGAUGUUUCUGCAAAGGAUUGUUCUAAUUUAUGAUGAACCUCCUUUAAGUGGCCACUUGCCUGUACUCCCAGAAUGGCUGCUUAAUGGAGGUACCAACAUAAAGCAAUUAAACCAUAAAAAUGCAGUUACUAAUGAGCACAAAAUUUAGUUUUUACAUCUAAGUAGAAGUUAAUGUUGUCAGAGUCCAAGAAUUGUUUUUGUUUAUUUCAUAGAAGUAUUGAUGUCAGUUCGAACAACAAAAACAUCAACUUCAGAAAAACCUUCUGAGAGUGAACCAGAACAACAAAGUGGACAUCUUCCUUACACAUUUGUUGUGGUGGCAACAGUUUGCACAUGUAUGUUUUUGGUGGUUCUUGUAGUCUUCAGUAUUGUGCGGCAUACGACACUUUCGAAACGUCAAAGGAACUCGUCUAUAGAAAGAGCUCCUAUGAGAAUACGUAUUAGAUCACAUAGCCCCAGUCACAGAACUAGACAUCAUCGGCAUCGUCGCAGUAGUAGAGGCCAUGUUGUGAUGCAUGGUGCAGUGAGACAAACUGUUUCAGGAUUUUUCGAGGGCAAUGUUGCUCCUCCACCUUAUAGCGCGGUACUGGACGAUACUGAGAGUGUAAGAGCGGGUGAUCCGCCACCCCCAUAUCGACCACCUUCACACAUUGGUGUCAUUGUAUAA